CUGAGCUGAGUGACGGGCAGACGGCGCAAUGGGAAGAGCGAAGGCGGAGCUGUGGGGGCGGGUUCCCGGGCCCGCUGGCCGCCGCCGGCGGGCGGGCGACUCCUGUCCCGAGUGGAGGCGGCGGAGCCAGAGCCGGGGGAGGGGGCAGCAGCUGUCUGACGGACCGCGGCGGCGCCCGCAGCUCCUCACCGCAGCACCCCCACUACAGGCCCGAGGCGCUUUCCGGAGCUUCCCACACUUCUGGGGAGAAGACUUCUUAGCCAGCUUGAUGUUUAAAAUUCAGCUGGAGCCCUUAAAACUUCGAGCGUGGACGCUGAAUGGGUUUGUAAAGUUUCGAAACAAGGACACCAGUGCCGGUCCAGUGGCUGUGAUGGGAAAGGAUUACUACAAGAUUCUUGGGAUCCCGUCGGGAGCCAAUGAGGAUGAGAUCAAGAAAGCCUAUCGGAAGAUGGCCUUGAAGUACCACCCAGAUAAGAACAAAGAACCCAACGCUGAGGAGAAGUUUAAGGAGAUCGCAGAGGCCUAUGAUGUGCUGAGUGACCCUAAGAAACGGGGCCUGUAUGACCAGUAUGGGGAGGAAGGCCUGAAGAGCGGCGGCGGUUCAUCAGGCGGCUCCAGUGGCUCCUUUCACUACACCUUUCAUGGGGACCCCCACGCCACAUUUGCCUCCUUCUUUGGCGGCUCCAACCCCUUUGAUAUCUUCUUUGCCAGCACUCGGUCCACUCGUCCCUUCAGUGGCUUUGACCCAGAUGACAUGGACGUGGAUGAAGAUGAGGACCCAUUUGGCUCCUUUGGCCGCUUUGGGUUCAAUGGGCUGAGUAGGGGUCCAAGGCGAGCCCCAGAACCACUGUACUCUCGGCGCAAGGUGCAGGACCCACCUGUGGUGCAUGAGCUGAGGGUGUCCCUGGAGGAAAUCUACCACGGCUCCACCAAACGCAUGAAGAUCACAAGGCGGCGCCUCAACCCUGACGGGCGAACUGUACGCACCGAGGACAAGAUCCUGCACAUUGUCAUCAAGCGUGGCUGGAAGGAAGGCACCAAGAUCACCUUCCCGAAAGAGGGCGAUGCCACACCUGACAACAUCCCCGCUGACAUCGUCUUUGUGCUCAAAGACAAGCCCCAUGCACACUUCCGCCGAGAUGGCACCAACGUGCUCUACAGUGCCCUGAUCAGCCUCAAGGAGGCACUGUGUGGCUGUACCGUGAACAUUCCCACCAUUGAUGGCCGAGUGAUCCCUUUGCCCUGCAAUGAUGUCAUCAAGCCAGGCACCGUGAAGAGACUCCGUGGGGAGGGCCUUCCCUUCCCCAAGGUGCCCACCCAGCGGGGAGACCUCAUUGUCGAGUUCAAAGUUCGCUUCCCAGAUAGAUUAACACCACAGACAAGACAGAUCCUUAAGCAGCACUUACCAUGCUCCUAGGCCCUGCCCCAGCCAUCCCAGAGCCUUCCACAGCAAUAGCCCCACACUCACCCUACCCAUUGUGCACCCAGCUUGAUGUCCACUGGACACUAGCAACUCUUUCUAAAUGCAAAAAACAAAACAAACAAAAAAAAAACCCACUGGUUUUCAGGAAAAUGUUCCUGUCCCUGACCCCUUUCAGAGCUGGGCUGCCUUGGGGGAGUGGGAGGGUGGUGGGGAGAGCUAGCCCAGGCCAGGGGUUAAUUUUCAUGUCACAAGCUUUGAAUCCAGUUCCCACUCCAGUGGCUGGAGAGUGACCUGAGUGCUACUUGAAGAUAUAGAGAUUCCUUGUCCACGCCUGUAAAUAGCAUGUCCUCCUUCCCCUCUCAGCUUUGCUAGUACCUCUCCUUUCCCUUCCCUUCAGCUUCCGCCUACUGGGGGAGGAAGAGGAUAAAAAGGACACUGCUUUCCCACCCCAGUCCCACCCCCAAGUCCACAUUGUCCAAGGUUAUCACACACAUAUUCAUGCACACAAAGCACACACCUAGAGCUGUGUGUGCCUCUCCAGGGUUGAGAUAGGAAGGGAAGGUCCAUGACCCAUGAACCGGGCCAUUGAGCACGAGACACUUUUCAUUUGGGAAAGGGAGGUGAAGGGGCCCUCAGCAGCCUCCCUGACAGCUCCCCUGCCCAGACUCUGCAGAGCUGGAAGUACUGUCGUCCCUGCUGCUCUUAAUAGUGUGCAAGGGUAGAGGAAGGGGAGGGGGCUGCUGUAUUAAGUCUAAGAGGUGGAGGGCAGGGUCUGUCUCCUAGCCUUCAUCAGGAAGGGAAAGGGCUUUGGGUCAGGUGGCAGCUAUUCCCCACGAAGAGAUUCAGGGUCACAGGUUUCUCCCCACACCUCUGAACUCAGGGCCUAGCCACCCCUAAACUCCCAAAUCCCAUUUCUGUGAUAUAUGAAGCUACUUAUUUCUUACCCUUCAUGGAGGCUGCGGGGGAAUUUCUAGCCCUCUGAUGCCUGUGUGACCCCACCUCACUCCCAUAAUUGUGUAAAGAUCAAACAGUGAAGGAGCUAGGGCAAGACUGCUUCAGCCAUGUUCUGGGGUGGGGUUUUUAGGCUUUCUCACUUUGACAAGCCCCUGAAUGUUUUUAUAGUAGUUUUUUUGUAUUUUUUUGUAAUGACAGUAUUAUGGAAAAAAUAAAGUAUUUUAAAACUAUGG